ACAUCCUUUCAACCUGUUAGAAACAGAGACGUUCCAACAACCUUCCCGUAUGAGUUUACAAUCUGCAUCUCUGUCAUGUACGACUACAAGAGUGUGUUGAAUUUAGUCCAGUCCAUGGAGAUGUUCAGACUGCUUGGCGCUCAAAGGGUGGUGAUUUAUAAAACCAACUGCGAUUCAGACACACAGAAGGUUCUGGACUACUAUGAGAAAAUCGGUUUCGUGGAGAUCAUCCCGUGGACGAUUAAAAAGCACAUCGUCGUAUCUACAGGCUGGAAGAUAGAUAUAUCACCAGGUCAGCUGCAUUACUAUGGGCAAAUCCCUGCGCUUAAUGACUGUGUUUAUCGUUACAUGUACCAAACUCGCUAUCUGGCUCUACAUGACAUGGAUGAACUCAUUCUGCCUUUCAAAGUGAAAACCUGGACGGAGCUGUUGCCUGAGCUUGAGAACACGUACGGUACUGAUGUGGGCUUUGAGUUUGAGAAUAAUUAUUUCCCGUUUUCUGCAAAGCCUCACGUGGAUCACGACAUAGACAAAUGGAAGCAUGUAAAGGGAAUAAAUAUUUUAAAUUAUAUCGAUCGAGUACCCAACAUCCCCAAUGCUUUCAACAAUUACAAGAUUAUAGUAAAUCCUCGUCUGGUUCAGAAGACU